CUGCAAAUACACUAAUGGAGAUUUCAAGGAGCUUUUAAAGAUUGACUUUCCUGAUAAAGUGGAAGCAGGAGGGACAAAAAAACGACAACAAUGGUCAUUUGUAACAACGAAAGAGGCCACCAAUGAAGAGCAGAUAUCACUUUAUAUUUUGACACAUUUUGAAGGAGCUUUUUGUAUUUAGCAGACUAAUGAUGGACGCUCCCUCAGCUCCUCAGAUUAUUGUGGACAAGUCUGGCGUCCUGGAGGAAGCAGAAUGUGAGGAGGAAUUGCCCACAGAUGACCAUCUCAUGAACUUGAAGGCUUUGACGGAGAAACUUAGACUGGAGACCAGGAGACCUUCAUACUUGGAGUGGAAAGCCCGGCUCGAGGCUGAAAGCUUCAGAGAGUCCGAAUCAGGGAAAGGUCCGAUCCAAGUGGAGUCUGAGGGAAAUGUAGUCACUCCCAAAGAGACUGUGGUGAAGUCUGAUGUGAUUCAGCGCAAAUUGCCAUCAGGUGUACUGAAGGGAUUUGAGAACAUCGACGAAGCGCUCAGUUGGCUUAGGAGAGAACUGACAGACAUGCGCCUGCAGGACCAGCAGCUGGCGAGGCAGCUCAUGCGGCUCCGCAACGACAUCAACAAGCUAAAGAUAGAGCAGACGUGCCACCUGCAUCGCCGGAUGCUCAAUGACGCCACCUUUGGCCUCGAGGAGCGGGACGAGCUGUCGGACCUGCUGUGCGAAUGUCCGGUCACCCCAGGGCUCGGCCUCUCCGCCCCGCUGAGACUCAUCGGCGUCACCAAGAUGAACAUUAACUCUCGCCGUUUCUCGCUCUGCUAGUGCCAGUGAUGCCAGUUCAGGAGGAAAAUCCUGACAAUAAAACAAGCUUGUCUAAUACUACCUUUGCUCCAGUGCGACAUGACAGCCCUGAGCAUUUGUUAGAUUGUGGUGAAAAGCUUUUGACCACAAUUUUGGGAGGAUGAACUGAAAUGUAAACCCUGUUUCACUGUCCCUGUAAUUAAAGCGAGAGAUUGAGGUAAUGUAUAUUAUUUAGAAAGAAGAAUUUGAGUGAAGUAGGGACAUAUAUAGUGUGUUUGCCACUAAACUAUACAUGGCAGCUAUAUACGGAAACCUCUCUGUCUUAAAACCGCAGCAGAUUUAGACCUUUAGAGCGACUUGAAACAGAAGACUUGCUGUUUUAAAUUCCAGUAAAGCAAUCUCAAGCCCAUUCCUGUCCACGUUUUAAGCCUCAUCAGUCACACUGUUACCAGUAACCCAAAAUAUUUCCAGAUAACUUAAUUGUUUGCCUUUCGUGGUUUCUGUCUGCAAGCCAAGAUUUAUCUUCAUGCUCAGACCUCUUUAUGCCAAACACUUUAAACAUUUAAUUAGUAGGGCUAACAAGUAGUGAUUGGUGCUACAUGACCAGAGAAAACUGAGAAAAAAGCUGUUUUUGCCCAAGAGGUAGAAAACCGACAACUACAUGGUGUAAAUUACGUAAUUUGGCAGUGUUACGCUGUGGGUGGAGGAGGGAUAUCUGCGCAUUGGUCAGAUCAAAGAACGUUCACACAUACGUCUCACGUUGUUUUGAUUCAAAGCUUGAAAAUCACUGAA